AUGAUCAACAUCAAACCUUGCCAAACUCCCCUCAUGAGUGGCAUAAAACCUCUCUUUGACACCAACAAUCCCCCAAGCAAUGUUGAGUCCUACAGACGGCUGAUAGGGAAACUUCUUUACCUCACCAAUUCUAGACCUGAUAUCAACUACUCAGUGUAUCUCCUUAGUCAAUUUGUUCAGACACCCACUACUUAUCAUCACCAAGUUGCUCAACAUAUCCUAAGAUACAUUAAAGCUGUUCCUGGUCGUGGACUAUUUUUUCCUAAAGAGAAUGACCUACAAAUUAAGGGUUUCGGUGACUCCGACUGGGCCACUUGCCCUGAAACCAGGUGUAGCAUCACUGGUUACUGUGUUUUCUUAGGAAAUUCGCUCAUAUCUCGGAAGUCAAAGAAACAGAACAUUGUUUCCAGAUCAUCCUCUAAAGCCGAGUAUAUGGCCCUAGCCACCACUUCCUGUGAAAUCCAAUGGAUCAGUUAUAUCCUUCGUGAUCUUUGCACUCAGCUUCAUCCACCACCAGUUCUCUACUGUGAUAACCAGUUAGCUCGACAUAUCGCUCAAAACACUUAA